AUGGCUAGCAGAGAAGGAGAGUACAUAAGUGACUCAGGCUCAGACUACACAGAGUAUUGGAUUGACUGGUUUCUAGGAAGCCGUGGUAACGAAUACUUCUGCGAUGUUGAUGCCGAAUACAUAACGGAUCGAUUCAACCUUACAGGAUUGAAUCAGUAUGUGGAUAGAAUAGGAUUAUUGGUGGAUAUUAUAACGGAUCGAACACAGAUAAGUGAGACACAGCCGGAGGAAGCCAGAGCCCGUCUUGAAGACAAUGCCAAAUUCAUCUACGCUCUUAUUCAUGCGCGGUACAUAAUUACAUCGCGUGGUUUGAGUAAGAUGCUUGAAAAGUACAGAAACGGUGAUUUUGGAUACUGUCCAAGAGUCAAUUGUAAGCUAACGCCUCUUUUACCGGUAGGAUUAAGUGAUAAACCUCGUGUGGCCUCUGUCAAACUUUACUGCCCUAACUGUGAAGACCUAUAUAACCCCAAAUCUUCUCGUCAUGCUUCCAUUGAUGGAGCUUUCUUUGGAACGUCAUUUCCUGCCAUGUUCCUCCAAAACUAUCCAGAGUUGGUUCCUACUCACAACGUUGAUGUGUAUAUUCCAAAGAUCUUUGGUUUCCAGCUUCACAGCCAGGCACAGUUGACUCGAUGGAGACUACUUAAAAGAGAACAGUUGGUCAAUAGGUUGGACCAGUUACAUAUCGAGCAUGCUAAUGAUGGCCCCGGUGGGUUUGCGGAUCCUGUUGAUGAUGACGAGAAUAAGAAGGCAAAAAGGGGAAGACGAUAA